GUAAACAUUGUUUAUACUUUCUGUUUUCUAUUAUCUGGGAUCUGAUACUCUUAUUUAGUGAUUUAUAUUAACUAGUAAAAUUGUGAAUGUGAAACAUUAUACAAUGAUGACAAUAAUUUAGCUAGUAAUAAGUAAUAUUACAAUAGUAUUUAAUUUAAAGAACUUAUAUACACCGUAUGACAUUAUAAUGUAGUUUACUUGUUUGUGUUAAUUUAUUCAUCAAAAUAUGUUGAAUAUUUUGUACACUAAUACACUAUAUACUUUUUAGUCAUGAAAAAGUGUUGAAUUUGACAGUGCACAUCAAAAUGAGCGAAAAAUCAUUCAAAAAUAUUACAGCUAAGUUGCUAGAAUGCAGCAAGUUACCAGAACCAAUAAAGGACAUAUUAAAAAUAAAGAACAAUAAUUCAUUGAAAGACUUAGAUGAAAACGAUUUCAAUCAGUUAUGUAUUUUGAUACAUGAUUUCAUUAAGGAAAAAACUGCUGUUGAAAAUGUUACACAAGAUGUAGAGCUAUUGUUAUGUUAUCAAUCCAUUUUAAACCUCGUCAAAUAUAUAAUUACUUGCUCGUCUGACGACAUAAAAUCUGUACAUGAAAAUGAUAAUUUUUUUAAAACCAUACUGGUUUUUCAAAGUUUUUACACUACAAAUAUCAAGUAUAAGUUCAAAUUAGAUAUAAUGAAAAUGUGCUGUAGCUUCUGGCAAUUUUUAACUUCUUCAACAACACGAAAAGGAUCUGACAAUACGUACAAUUUUGACUUGAUUUUAACUCAAAAUUUUGUUUUCACUUUAAAUUAUAUAUUUGAUACUAUUAAAGUGACUACAAAAAAAAUAGACAUGAAAGUAUUAUCUAAUUUAGUUUGGGAAUUCUGUAAAGUUGUGAGCGAUUUACCUUCCAAUAUAAAUGGAUUGAAUUUUUUUGUUCCCAAUUUAAAAACAUUGAUGAAGUACCCAUUGUUUUUGGAAACUGAAACAGGAAAAUUGGCUAUAGCAGACAUAUUUACAUGUAGUCAACAACUAUUUAUUAAAUUUCAUCAAACAGUUAGACAAAAUAUACCAAAAGCAAUCAGGUCAGAAGCUGAAGCAUACGGCGAAAUAUAUUUUAUGGCGUGGAUAAAUUCUGAUUCAACCAUAAAAGAAGUUAUUGAAGAACAAAUGUUUGACUUAAUAUCCAAAACACUGACCUUACGGCGUACAGGUUUAGCUUUUUAUGCUUAUCGUAAUGCCUUAAUUCUUUUGCAAAGUAUGCAAAAUCACAGAAAACAUUUAAUGUUCAGCAAAGUCAUAACUAAGCUAUAUGCUCCUGUUAUUUGGAGACAGUUAACGAGUGAAUUUAGUGUAGUCAGAUGUAAUGCUACUGACAUUUUAGCAAGAGCUUAUCCAUUGGAAAAAAGAGGAGAAGGUCGAGAAGUAUCUUCAAGGUUUUUAAUGAAACAACAAAAUGCAUUUUUGGAUUUAUUAGUUGAUGUUUGUCCUCAAGUUCGAAUAGCUGCUAUAAAAGGAAUUUGUAGCUGUAUGAGAUAUUUUUGGAAUUCUUUUGAAGAUGAUCAAAUAAUUGAAUGCUUUAAAUUAUUUAUACAUUUGAUUGAUGAAAGUGUAUUUGAAGUACGAAGGGUUUUAUUUUAUGGGUUUUGUCAGUUACUUGAGGAGAUUAAAUCCCACAGUUACUUUAAGAACCCUUUCCUUAUUGCAAAAAUGAAACAUACAUUGAAUGACGAAAAUGAAAAAGUUCGGCGUUCUUUUAUACAUUUCUUAUUGAAAAUUAAAAAGGUUGAUUCUCAUGCAGACGCUGAAGAUAAAAUUAGCUUUACAAAAAUAGUUGAUUUAAGAGAUAUUGCUUUUGCACUUGCUCGUGAAGAUAAGCAAAACGGCCUUUUACUUGUUGAUUUAAUUGUGGAUAACUUUUUUGGAAGUAAAGUACCGGACAAACAUACAACACUUAGAAGAUUUUAUACGUUUUACAGUAUAAAUCCAAGUGCUUUUCGUAAACUGAUAAUUUAUUCAGAAAAACAUCUAGACUUUAAUAGUGCUUGCAAACUUAUUUUAUCAUUGUUAAAAACUAUAUAUAGUGCGCUAAAAAAAAAAGAAGAACAUAUGAAAACUAUAGACAAAGAAAAUGAUAUGCCCCCUAAAAGGCAUAAAUCAAAUGAUGAUUCCGAUACAACCAACGAUACCCGUAAUUCAUAUUGCAGUUCAUCAUCAGUUAGUAAUAAUGAUGAAGAAGAACAAAAUGAACAUAAUAAUGUAUGUUGUAUUUUGGAUUGUGUAAACUGCCUUAUGAUACUCCAUUGUAAUGAAUUUAAGAAUGAAGAAGCCCAUCAACAAAUUAAAGAUAUUCAGGAUUCUUCCAUCACAUGUUUAAUUAAAAUACUUAAGGUCUAUAAGGAAGGUGAUGCUUACUACAGUGCAAUUAGUUUAGCAAGUUUAAUGCCGGUGACAAAAUUGAGUGCUCAUGUAUCAAUAACAAGUAUAGCAUUAUCCACCUUAAAACAAUUGCCUUAUGAUAUAAAUCAAGCAGAAGAAGAGAUUGAUAUGCGAAAAGUUAAUUGUCUGGUAUACUCAUUGUGCAUGUGGAAACGAGGCUAUGAGAUACUUCAAUUUGUGAACGUUUGGUUUGAUGAAGCAUUCAAAACUUUAAAUCUUAAUGAAACACAAUACCCGGAUUCUAAAAUUGAUAAAGGAAAAAGAGUCAGAUUCAAAAUAAAUUUUGAUGAAUGUAAACCAAUGACUGGUAUCUUAUUAAUAAACUCGAUGCUUACCAAUUUACAAACACAAAAAACACUUACAGAUUCUGAUGUCAAUAAAAAAAAUAUCUAUGAUCUCUUCUUAUACUUGCAGCGUGUCAAGGCAGCAAUUGAGAACCGGAUAUCUUCCGAUAAUGUUUUAAGUAACUUAUUAUCAGACAAAGUUUUAAUUGAGUUAUUCUUAUUACAUAAUCGAUUACAUAUAAUUUAUUAUAGUCAUGAAAAAGACAUUGAUGAAAUUAUUAAGUAUCAAACUUCUAUUUUAAAUUGGGUUAUAAACAAUCUACUUAUUUAUAAUUUACACCAUAAAGAUGAAACUACUAUUACAUUUGCAGUUAAAAUAAUAGAAAUUGUUAAUAAAAUGUCAUUAAAUAUGUGUUUAAUGGCUUUUGUGAAUACAACAUAUCUGGAUGAUUAUAUUACAUUUUGUGCUACAGUCUUACAUAAUCAUUUGGGUCCUUGGCUACUAUCAUCAAUGAUGGCAACUUUAGCACAUAUCUCAAAAUAUUUUAACUAUCUAAAAUGUGUGGAUAAGCUUUUAAAUGAUACAUCAAUACUGACAAAUUGUGUCUGUAGUAUCAUAUCAGUCCUCAGUGAAUCUAAGUUUAGUGCAGAACGUUUUAUUAGUGUUAUUGGAGAUCCAAAAAUAUUUCGUAGUAAUUUGAUUAUGCUGAUUUUGGAAAUUUACAAGAUUAAUACAGUGGAAUUUAAACAAGUUUUUAUGACACUUAUUGAAACUAUAAUGAAUAUUAUUGCUAACCAAAUUCGAGAAAUCGACGAAAUUGAUUUAAAUGAACACCUCACAGAAAUGCCAUUUGCUAGUUAUCAGUUAGCGGCAGUGGUUUUAAACAAUGCAAAGUUAAGAAAACAUUUUUCGUCUAAUGCAGUUGUAAUAUUCUCAUCUAAUGUUUUUAAAAAUGACUGUGUCUUAUUGCUAUCAGCAAUAUCUUAUGUCUAUACCUUAUCAUUUCAAUUAAGCAAAACAAUAACAAUUGAUCUUGAACCAGUUGUAAAAAUGCUUUAUAAAACUUUGAUGGAACAUGACAAAACUAGAACUCCACUUGGUGAUAACUGCACCAUAAAUAAUACAAAUGUUGACCGAGGCGUUUCUAUUUUGGAAACCUCUGACUUCAGUAAUGAAGUAACAAAUUUCAAACAAAAAGGACGCCUUGUUUUAAUUGCAACUGCUAAGCAAUUGCAUGUUACUUUAUCUGAGUAAUACAAUUAGGUUUUUUGCUUAACAAAGAAAAAUAAUCUAAUAAAAAAAAACUAGGUUGUCGGUUAAUAUACAAUAUAUUAUCGUGUUUAAAACCAGCAAAGAAAUUUAUGUUUGCUAAUUUAUGUUAGUAUAUUUUUUUAUUAAAUAUAAAUAAGAAGUAUUUAAAAAAAUGACUAUGUCCCAUGUAAUGUUAUGCCCAAAUGUAUUUUAAAUACUUAUGGAACAAAAUAAGAUAUUUUUAUGUAUACUUUCAUUAUUUUUUUGUAUACAAGUUCAUACUUUAUCAUUGUUUUAAUGAACGUAUGGAGAUAUUUGACAUAUUUAUAAAACUUAAAUUAAUAUAUAUAAACUAUGAACAAAAAUGUGAAUUAUUAAUAUAAGCCUAAUUUAUGUAAUAGUAUUAUAAUUUUAUUUUACUCCAAACUAAUUUGUAUCUUACAUUAUAACAUAGAACUAUAAAUAAUAAAUACUUUUACCUAUAAUAUUAAAAGGAUGUCAGCGCAAUAUUUGUUAUUUCUCUCAGACCCACAACAUAAAACGCUUUCACCUAAAAUUGUUUAUUAUAAAUUUUGAGCUAUUUAGGGUAAUCACCGAUAACAAAAAUUAUAGCGGAUAAUAAAUUUGGUAAUAUGACAUAUCAAAUUAUAUUUUAUUAUUUGACUUUGUAUUUGACAUCCAAAAUAAAAAAAAAUUUUAAUUUAAAAGUUCUUUAAAUUGUUUUUGAGACAAUAUAUAGGCAAAUUGAUAUGUUAGACCAUCAAAAAAAUUAUUCUCUAUCAUUUUUGUAAUGGGGUAUUUUACCCUAAUAGAUUAUUGAAAAACUUAAAAACAAUGAUUCUGCAUAAAUGCGUUUUGUCUGUUGCGAGUGGGCCAGAGAGAGAAAACAAAAAAGGCGCGCUGACAUCCUUUUUAAAUGUAUAAUAUACCCGUAGGUAUACCACAGAGGUAAAGGAAGAGUAGUAAUGUAGUAUACAUGACACAUAGAGGCAAAGGUGGAUAAGUAAAUGAAAAUAAUUAACCUGACGGUGCGCGUUAAAACUGAUGCUGUAGUCCGCUUGGCCACUCCGUCCUCCAUUUUAAUAUUUAUAUUAGAAUAUAAUAGAACAAUAAAAACAAAAAAAUGAAACUUAAUGGAUUAUUUUUAAAUAACUUAACUUCAACUUUUUAACUAGUUAAUAUCCACCUUUGAAUAGAGUAGAAGCAUUACUUAAAAUGUAUUAAGAAUAUAUUAUUCUCAAUGACCAAUGUUGUAUUAUCGAAUAAAGAUGAUUGUGGCAAUAAAUACAUAUUAUUUCCAGGACUAUAAAUUUCAUGAUUGAAUAUCAACCGGUUUAACUAAAAAAAAAAUACUUAGUAAAAAUAAAAACCUGAUCAAGAUUUACUAUUAUAAAUUUAAUUUAACAUAUUUCUAUGCCUGCAACUUUAGCUUGAAUCAGAACUCUGGUGAUAACAAUUUUAAAUAGUUAAUUGAAUCUUAUAUAACACGAUACAUUUUCCUUUGAGUUUAAUUACCAAAUACUAAUUAUAAAAUAUAUUUACCUAUAAAUUACAUCUACCGACUAAUGUGCUUAACAGUGGCAAUUAUAGUGAAAAAGUUCAAACUAACCAAUUUUCAUGAGCUUCUUCAACUACUGUAUUAAAUUAUUGUUUAUUUUAACCUGUUACUGCUGUUAGAAUUUAAAAUGUAUAUAGUUUAAUACAAAUAAAUUUUUAUACAUUUAUAUUUACUGAAUUUGUUAUUUUUUUAUAAAAUAAUUUGAAUUAAGAAUUUUUGACUUGAAAAAACACAAGGAAAAUAGGAAUUUCAUUUUUUCGAAAUCAACAACUUCUAGCUUCCCUAGAAAACAAUAAACAAUUUGAAACUAAACCUCUGCAACAAAAAAAAAAAUGUGCGAGCCUUCUCAACAGUAUAACAAUAAGAUUUAAUUUGAUAAUUUUAAAAUAUCUGUGUACCUAGGUAAACAAUAAACUUUAUAUAAUAGGUAUAUUAUAAAACAAAUGUUAUCAAAACUAUGUAUAAAAAAAAAAUUUCAACAUAUAACAUAUUUUUUUUUAAUUUCUAACUAUCACUCAAGCGUGGUGCUUCUAAUGUGAAGUGCCUUCAAGUCUCUCGCCGCCCUUUCUCAUUAUAUAGCUUAACAUUGUACUUAUUGUGCAUCCUAGAACAGAUUGUAAAAAUUAAUUUUAAUAAACGCUUUGAAAAAAAAAAAAUCAAACUUAUAAUUAUCAUGGCUCGAUUGAUCCUCGUACAUGUUGUGAAAAAUUACAAAACAUUUUGUCAGAAUUCAAAUCGAGUUAAUUGUUGUGACUUAUUGUUGGAAUUAAAUUUGUCGUAAUAGACAUUUUCAAUUCGUAAUAGCAAAUACGUAUAUGUAUAUCUCUGUCCUCGGAAGAAUUAAAAAUUACCAAUCGAUCAACACUUUCACAAGCCAAAACUUCUUCCUUGACGCUAUUAUACAUUGAAAAUGAUAUUCUCAGAAAUAUAGACUGGUCUGAUACAAUUCACAAAUUUGUAUCAAUAAAAAU